GCGGCGGCGGCCGGGGAGGGGGCGCGCAGCCCGAGCCCCGCCGCCGUGUCGCUCGGCCUGGGCGUGGCCGUGGUGUCGAGCCUGGUGAACGGGUCUACGUUCGUGCUGCAGAAGAAGGGCAUCGUGCGCGCCAAGCGGCGAGACCCAAUCGCUUUGCAGCCGUGCAUCCCACCGACCUCUGGUUGGCGCCCAGGCGUCCCUGUCACCCGCACCCACCGGCUGCUAGGGAAAGCUUCCUGUUUGCAGUAUCCCCCGAAUGGUCGGAGCCCAGUGCCUGCUCAGAAGGAGCGACGGGCCUCCCGCCUUUGCUGUGACUCUGGCCUGGGGUGCACUUGGAGGGCAGGACCUGCUGACUUCUCGCCCUGCAGUGGCCACACCAGUGCAGAAGUACCUCCUAUUUAACAGACAUUGUGUGGUGGGCAGGAACAAUUGCAAUGGCUGUUGGCCAGAUUGGAAACUUCCUGGCUUACACGGCGGUCCCCACAGUCCUGGUGACUCCUCUUGGUGCCCUUGGAGUGCCAUUUGGGUCCAUUUUAGCUUCUUACCUUCUGAAAGAAAAGCUCAACAUCUUGGGCAAGUUGGGGUGUCUACUAAGCUGUGCGGGUUCUGUCGUGCUGAUUAUCCACUCCCCGAAAUCUGAGAGUGUGACCACUCAGGCCGAGCUGGAGGAGAAGCUGACCAACCCAGUGUUCGUAGGCUAUCUGUGCAUCGUGCUGCUCAUGCUGCUGCUGCUGAUCUUCUGGAUCGCACCGGCCCACGGGCCCACCAACAUCAUGGUCUACAUCAGCAUCUGCUCCUUGCUGGGGAGUUUCACCGUGCCUUCCACUAAGGGCAUUGGGCUGGCAGCCCAAGACAUCUUCCACAACAAUCCGUCUAGUCGGCGUGCCCUCUGCCUGUGCCUGGUGCUCCUGGCCGUGCUUGGCUGCAGCAUCAUCAUCCAGUUCAGGUACAUCAACAAGGCCCUCGAGUGCUUCGACUCCUCUGUGUUUGGGGCCAUCUACUACGUUGUGUUCACCACACUGGUCUUGCUGGCCUCGGCCAUCCUCUUCCGGGAGUGGAGCAACGUGGGUCUGGUGGACUUCCUGGGCAUGGCCUGCGGGUUCACCACUGUCUCCGUUGGGAUUGUCCUUAUACAGGUGUUCAAAGAGUUCAACUUCAACCUUGGGGAGAUGAACAAAUCUAAUAUGAAAACAGACUAGGAUGUAACAGGGGGUUGGAUGGCUUGAGGAACAGGAAAUGGAUGUGGCUUCUGGUCCUGAUUUGUCGUGAAGUAGAAGAGACCGUAAAUUGCUGGUGUUGGAGUUGCCUGUAUAUUAAUGGAUGGGCUGGUGGAGAGUGAGGAUGUGUUGCUCAGCACUGGGGUGGGGGCCCAGCCUUCUGUACUCUGAAGUUGCUCAGUGGUUGCCUGGAUGUCAUCUCUCUCUGAUGAGAGGAAUCUUAUGUUCAUUGCCAUUAACCUGGAAGCUUUCAUGAAUACUCUUUGCUUUUAAAACACGUCAUCAUUAUUUAAAUAGAAUGGGCCUUUUCUGAUUAGUCUUUGCAGGGGAACAGAUAUUCUUACUUAGAAGCUUACUUUGGAAAUGGGAGAAAUUGUUGUCUUGAAGUCUGACUCUACAGUAAAUGUGUCUGUAGUUUUUUUAAUUUUGCAUUAAGCAUGUAUAACAUUCAGGUGUCAGAUCCAAAUCAGAGGCAUAUACAUUUAAUUGGUUUUAAUCCUCUGAUGUGUUGACCCUCCUACCCCCAACUCCUAGACAUUUUAAUUGCAAACAGAGAGAGAAGAGUGAAUGGAAAUUAUAUACUGUUCCAUUUGCAGGAUGAUUUUCAAUAGCUCAAAUCAAUUUCAGUGCCUUUAUUACUUGAACUAUUCACUUAAUUUGACUAUUACUGUGUGUAUGUUCUCUUAGAUUAGAGUAAUGCAGCCUCCUUGAUUAUACUUUAAUAUUUCACUCUUCAAAACAUAAAUGUUGAAAGCAGUUAGAAAUUAUAGUAUAUUCAUUCACUGGAAGAGAGUCAAGACUAAGGGCACAUUGGAGUAAAUCAACCCUUUCAGCAUGUAGUUAUAGUUCAAUUAAAGACAAUUGACUUAAGUAGCAUGAGGUAUUUUAUUUGCAUUCAGUCUAAUGUAACUGGGAUCCAGUAUUAAAUAUAUUCAUGUUCUCUUUCAGCAAGCAUUGUGGCCAUUAAGAAGAAAUAAAUUAUUUAACUUGAUAAUAAGGCUGUUAAAUGAGAGAGUAACUGUUCAAUAGCACAUAUGAGUUCCCUGUAAUUCAGGAACAAGUUAAAGGACACAAUUAAGCUUAGGCUAUAUUCUACAAACUGGAACACACAUAGUUUUCAAAAGAAUUUCUAGCAAAAAUGAAAACAAUUUGUAGCCAUCUCCCUGUUGUUUGAGAUGGCAGAGCACCCUACAAUUCCUCAGUCAAACUUCUGAAAUGCAAAAUAUCCAUUAAUUAUUCCAGUAUUUGGAUCAAAGAGGUCAUUUGGCUAUCUAUAGUAACCUUGCAUGUGUAUUAAGUGGGAACAAAGCACAGAGUGAUGCAGAUAUUCAUCACGAUAUCAUGUACUUCAUUUGCAGUGGUUCUCCCACCCCUGCACCAUGCGGCAUGACGGAUCUUAGUUCCCUGACCAGGGAUCGAACCAGUGCCCACUGCAGUGGAAGCUUGGAGUCUUAACCACUGGACCACCAGGGAAGUCCCAUGUGUACCGUUUUAUCUAAAUAGGAAGCUAUGCCAAGUUGAAAGAUGGGAUUGGGUAAGGUAGAUUUGGUGAUACCCAAUUAAAUAAUACCCAAUUUAAAUUACUAAGGAAUGUCAAUAGGAAAAAAAAAAGUGUUUUUUCGGACAAAAAGAACAUUUCUAAAGACCUAAGGAAUAGUUCCCUAAAGUGUUGAACAAAGAGACUAAACUAAAUGAGGAUAGUUUAACAUAGAGAAAAAAACACCUUUAUGAAUUAAAAGUACAUGUGAUGAUCAUGGGUUGUCAAGUGAUCUGUGAACUAACAGCAGCAAGAAUAUUUAAAAAUUUUUAAAAAUCUUAUAGUAACUGAUAGUUAAUAAAUGCUCAAAAAAUGCAUUACUCUUUUUAUCAGCUCGUGAAGGUUUGUUUUUUAUCAUCAGUAUUUUUAGGAAUGCAGGCCUUAAUUUAUUGAACUGAACUUUCUGAAAGUAUAAUGCAGAAGUAUAAAUAUACUUUUAGGCAUAAAAAUCAUUUCUAGGUAAGGAGUAUGAGAUAUUCAGAGAAUACAUGUGGCUAUACAAGUAUAAUGAGAAAGUCCAUGUGUCAUAUGGAAAUUACCAUUUUUUUGUUUACAGUUUACAUGUGAAGCUUAGUUUAUUUAAAUUCAUCUGUUGAUGUUCCUGAUUACAGUUAAUCCAUGAUUAUUCCAUAGAUACUUAGAGGUGAUAUUUUCUGGAUUAUCUCCCUAUGAUUUUUUUUAGAGUAAAAUAGAAUCUCAAAGUAGUAAUAGUUUGUCUCCUCUUGAAGGUGGUAAGUCCCAGAACAGUUAGACUCUCCCAAGUUUACAUCUGUUCAGCAAAUUACCUUGGUAGGAUACACAACUUCCCUUCCAGUGGAACACAGUUCAUAUCAUCCAUUGUAUUCCAAAAGUGUGACUCUAGCCUGGAAGUCAUUGACAUGACCAGCAGUCUAACAGCCUAAUUUUCAAGUUUAACAUAGAGCGUUUAAUAUCUGACUUAUAGUAUUUAUUUUACAGAUUCAUGUUUUUAUAAUUUGGAAUUACAAAAAAAGAUUUAAAAAGUAAAGCUUUGAAGGGUAGGGCCCAGAAUGGGGAUAGGUCUUAUAUUGGUCUUUCCAAAAGUAAAUACAUAUAAAACAUUUUCAUUAUUAUGGUAUUCUUUGGGUUUUAUCUUCAAUUAAAGCAAGCCUCCUCUAAAAUCAUAUGUUUGUGAUAUGAUAUCCAGGCUUGCUCUGGAUAGAUACUUAAAUAGGCCAUUUCUCUCCUGUCUUACUUGGACAAUGCCUUGUUUUCUCAUCUGAAUCUUUGCAUUUAAAAAGAUUGCUUCCUGUUCUGCUCAGUGAUCAAGUGUAGGGCCUAUUAAGGAUUCUAACCCAAACCCAGCACGAAGACCACCCUGGGUGUUUUGCUGUUCUGCAGGACUGCUCCAACUCUGCAAAGAAGGAUCCGGAGAGAAGGGCAGUCUGCUCCCUGUCACAUGGGGAGCAAGAACUGCCCACGGCUGGACCUUCAGGGGGAAUCAUCACUCAGAUGUUAUUAUGGUCUUUUCACAUUAGAAAAUUAGUGAAAUACACUUUGCUGCUCUUGGUUCAGCAAUAAGAAAUAUUCCUUCAAGUCCUACUUCUCAGGCCAAUUUGAUUUAUGCAGUUUUAUUUCCAGAGGUUCAUUCCAGCUGUAGUAGAUUGGUCUUCGGGUUUUUCUUUGGGUUCCACGUCUGAUAGAAGAGAGCACUGUUGAAGUAUGCAGUCACCUCUCACCUUCCUUCUUCGUCGACUGCUCAGCUCUUUGUAAAUACUGCGCUCCCUUCUAGAGGCCAGUUUCUAGACAUCCAUAAAGUGCUCAAGAUGCACUGUCUACACGCGUGGAUGAGUCCACAGAGACUGAGGUGUUGAUCACAGGCCACUGUCGUGCUGCCUAAUUCUUGUUGGGAGAUGACACCUCUCGUUUCUAAGCUGCUCAACUAACCCAGAAGAGCAGUUUACAGAGCUAUGCCCAUCACUCUUCUUUGAUGCCUACUUGAUCCUGACUUAGACUUCCUGGGACUGAGUAGGAACUUGGAAAGAGAAGAAGCUUUAGUUUAGAUCUGUUCAUUGACUGUCUGAUUGGCUUCAGUGGUCUGAAGAAGUUGUCCUUAACUGUGUCUGACAUCGCCGAAGUAGUUCACCUAUCAAGCAGGAUUAGAUGGAAACUUGGUGUUCCACCUUCUCAGGGACCAAAAACGUAACAUUAACUCCUUGGCAUUGACCUUCCUCCCAAGGACAUAUCUGUGUUAGUUUUUCAUAUGUUUUACUCAUAUUCAUAGCUAGAGGUCUGUUAGCUUGAGUUAGGAAGAGAAAAGAUCAGUUUGCACACCAGUCACACCAUAAAACAGUUUAUCAUAUAAAAUACCUCAACUAUAUGUAUUCCUCACUUCCGCCUCACAGUUGAACUGGUGAUGAAUUUUAAGGUGAUUUUUCACAUCUGGCCAGAUUCUUAUACCUCCAUCAUAUACUUGAAAAGAUUAAGAAUUUUAGGAAUGGGAACAAGAAUUUGGCCCAAUAUCUACUCAUUUAUUUUCGUACACAUUUCUCACAUGCUAUUAAAUGCAACAAAGAAUUAUAUUUUAAGAAAAUGUAACUCUGUGUUACAUCAAAAACAUAUUGUCUAGUGAAAAGUUGAUAUUCAGUAGAACAAUGAUCAUGUAAAUAAGCAUCUAUUUCAAAUGUACCCAAUGUGAUAAAAAGCAUAGUCUAGGGCCCAGUGCAUGAGCCGGGGAGGAUUUAUUUGUUCUUUUCUCUGUUUUUCCUGAAUUGUGCAACUAUAGGUGAGUCACUUAACCUUUCUGUGCCUCAGUUUCUCUACCUCUAAAUGGUGGGAUGGGUCUCCAAAUCUGUGUUAGAGCACUCACAUGUUUAGUUUGUGCUGGUAGCCUCAGACCAGAGCGCAUGUGCAGGACUCCUUUGGAGCGAUGCACCAUGCAUCCUGUCUGCUCAGGACCAUGCUGUAGACACACAGCUUCGAGCACUGAGUAAGCAAAGGAAGCACUGGGUGUAAAGUCUGCAUGAUUCCAUGAAGCUUUAAUUUUCUUUUUUUUUUGUUUUAAAAGGCAGGGUUUUAUAUUUUCUGUUGUAAAAUAUGGAAAUUAAGCAAGGACUUUAAAAACCUGCACUGAGAGAUCACAUUCUGAUGGUGUGAUGAGCUUCUCUGACAUUCUGCAAAGGUUUAUGUUCUGCAGAAGAAUCAAUGACUUGUGAACCAGAUUGAUUCUGUUGCGUUGAAUUUGUAAUGAAUGAUGCUGAACUUCCUGCUUCCAAGCGGCUCAACGCUGACCAUGAACUACCUGACACCAGGUAAAUGUCAGGAACUCCCAAACCACUAGUGCCAAAGGGUCACAUUGAAAAGUACAGAAUAUUUCUUUUAUUUGUCAGACUAUAAUAAUUUGCUCCCCCCUGCCAUGUCAGUGUUUUUGCAGUUUGGAAAAAUUUAAGGGUACUGUUUUUCCAGUAGCAUUCCUGAGUGUUUUUGCCUUUUUAAAUGAUAACUAUUACUGUCUUGUAAAAUGGAAUAUAAUUGUGAAAGAGAGGAAGAAGACUAGAUAAAAAAAUGUAAAAUGUUUGAUUGGUUGCAUAAAAUUUUUUUCAUGUAAAUGUAUCAGGGAAGCUUCCAAUUAGCACACACACCCAUUUGUCAAUGACUAAGACUUGCUUAUAUUUUGCUUUAUAGAAGUAGUCAUAGCAUGUUGUAAUUGCCUUAUGUAAAUAAAAAUGCUAUUUAUUAAGUUUUCCAAUAAUAUUUAUUAAUCUGUAUGUGUUUUAAAAUAAAAUAACUUAUUUCUAGCUGAA